GAAGGGGUUGAGGUUGAUUAUGGGGGUUGUGUGUUUUCUACGUGAUGUAAUUCAAGUCCUAGUAAUCAAUUAUCUUAGUUCUAUCAAUGGUCAGUUAAAAUGUCUGAUCGUUGUCGACACACACACACACACACACACACACACACACACAUACACACACACACAUAAGUGAAGCUCUGUGUCAAAGUUCAAACUCCUUUUUCUAUAUCUGGUUUGUAAAUGUGUAUACUAUGCUGAUUUAAUGACUCUUAAUUCAGUUUUCUUCGCUGAAGACUGCAUUGUUUUGCAUGCCAAAGGGAAAACAUCUCUGUCCGUACAAUACCUCAGUCUUGUUUUUUUAAGUCAGGGUUUUUUGUAUUACUUUUGCCGAAUUAAAUCUUUUCCAAUUUUAUUUCGUAUUUACAGAAUUAGGAAAUGAAACGAUUUAGCCUGCUAUAAUAUAUGUAGAUCAUUUAUCCAGCCCUUUAUAAACUACCCUAUAUACAAAAAAUAAUAAUAAUAAAUGAUUGAAAAUAAUAUUUUACUAAAGAUAUGUAGUCUUUUGUUUUUUUUUGACUAGUAACUAUACUCCAGCAGACAUUUGCAAUAUUUUUUAUAAAAGGUUCAUAGCGUCACCUUGGAAAUCAUUGCUUUCCUAUCUUUAUAUACAGUAUGCACUCAUAAUGAUAUAUUGAUGCUAUACUCCUACAUUUAAUUGUCUGAGUUACUAUAACCGUAUGCUAAAUGAUUUAGAAACUGUGCUGUUGUUCAAAGAAGCAUGACCAAAUUAAUGUUAUAUUUGAUAGAUAAUUUGUAAAUAUUUUCCAACGUAUAUAUACAUACAAUCCAUAACUCCCUAGUUAGUCUGACUGCCUCAAACUAUAUGAAUGUAUGCUAAUGUGACGGGUAAUGCUUUGUUUCUAUUGGUCAAUACAUUCACUAUGUUCUACAAUCCAUAACUCCCUAGUUAGUCUGACUGCCUUAAACUAUAUGAAUGUGUGUUAAUGUGACGGGUAAUGGUUUGUUUCUAUUGGUCAAUGCAUUCACUAUGUGACGGGUAAUGGUUUGUUUCUAUUGGUCAAUGCAUUCACUAUGUUCUAUUGUCUGUGUGUGAUGUCACUUUCAACCUGAAAUCUAAUAAACCUAUAUACACUCACUUAAUUACAUGUGGAAAAUCCAUGGCGAUGAUUUGCUCGUUGACGGGUAAAGUUUGCUUAGAAAGGGAAGUUUAGCUACACUAAAUUCGGCGUGUACAUGCAGUGGACACACGUUCCGUGCUUUUAGGGCCCAUAAUGCAAUUCUUCAGAAAAUGGGCGUGGCUUCACAACGUUUUCAGAUGUGAAGAACGUAAUGCAGAGGAGAGCGGAGACAAAAUCUUUGCUUUAGCUAAUUAUGACAAAUGUUAAGAAAAUGUUGAGCAAUAGGUCAGAGAUCAAGCAGCUGGAAGGAGAGAUCUUCAGAGAACACUGUUUGUACCCUGGACACAGGAAGACCAACGUCAUAGUGACCAACAGGAGAGUGAUGUGUGUGAAGGAGGUGGAGUUUGUGCGACACUUCAACAAAGAGUGGGAGUGUCCGUUUGAGCAUUUCUCAAGGCCUCCGUACGUGGAAGGAGGAGACCUGAUGAUCUACUGCAAGGAACAGAACAAGCUGAAGUUCCAAAAGAGAGGUGGACAGGAACCCAUGAGAGUGCUGCACCUCCAGAACCCUGCCACUGCCCAGAAACUGUGUGAGGCCAUAGAGCAGGCCCAGUCGGCCCAGAGGCAGCAUCGGAUGGUGAAGCAAAAAUCACAGCGCUUUCUCAAACUGGGAGACAAGUGUUGAUGUCAUCGCCGGCCCGGAAUGAUGUCAUGGUUACCCAGAAUGAUGUCCUGGUUACCCAGAAUGAUGUCCUGGUUACCCAGAAUGAUGUCAUGGUUACCCAGGCUGACGUGAUCACUACUCAGUAGGUGAUCAACACCCAGAAUGUCACCACUGCUCAGCCAGUACACUGUUCCUGCUACUGUACUGCCCAGCCCAACACACUGUACAGCCCAGCCCAACACACUGCUACUGUGCCCAGCCCAACACACUGCUACUGUGCCCAGCCCAACACACUGCUACUGCC